CCACCUAAACCAAAGAGACGGUGGUGGACAAGGCUGCCUGCCACCGUGCCAACCUCCUCCUCCUCCUCCUCCUCCUUCGUCUGCCAGACCAGUCGCAGCAGAUGGCAUAUCGUCCUGCCGUUCUUCCUCCCCCUUUCCCCACCUAAACGACCUGCCCUGUCUCAUACGUCUCGACAUCCCCUCCCCAUCUGCCAACCCCCUCUUCUUCGUUCUUGCUUGCUGCUCUCUCGUUUCCUCGCUCACCAUUUAGCAUGCAUAUGUAGAGAUACAUACACCUACACGAGAGAGGAGGAGAGGCAAAGAAGAAGAAGAAGAAGAAGAAGAUGGCGUUCUUCUGCUUUCUGGUGGACCAGCGGCGGACGGUGAGGAGCAGCAAGCCGGCGGCCGGGAUCUGCUCGCGCUGCGGUGGGUGCGCCAGCGCCGCCGACAUAGUGACCCUCACGCGGUUCUGCUACGUCCCCGUUCAUCGUAAGACCUGGCGGGCCAUCAUCUGCACCUUCUGCGGCGCCUUCCUCAAGUCCUACCACCGGUAGAUGCAUGCAGACGAUACCUGCAGAUCGAAACGUUCGCGUAUGCAAAGCAUCAUUUACAUGUACGAUGGAAUGGAUAUAUCUUGUGAGUUAGUUCGAUUUGACGCUCGUGGAUUUUUCUUCCCCUAACGAUCGAUCUAAUCGAAGAAUCGAUCAUUUAAUUUUCUUCUGGAAUAAAGCGCAUAGCCAUUAUUAUU